ACACAGUCACCAUGAAGGUAUCAGCCAGCCUCCUGGCUCUCUCUCUCCUUCAGGUCUGCUCUGCAGUCCCCAUCGGCCGCCCCACCAACUGGCUCAGACAAUGUCGUGCCACCACCUCUGUCUCUGUCCCAGCACUGGAGGUGCUGCCGGGCGGAGGCUGGGACAAUCUCCGAAACAUGGAUACAGGUCGAGUCAUGAACAUCAGCUACUUCCAGUGCCAAACCACCGAGGACGGGCUCUACCUAAUCCCAGAUGAGGUGUUUGUCAUCCCCCAGAAGGAGACGGGUGUGGAGACCAGCUCAGAGAUCAUCAGCUCCUGGCUGGAGCAGAAGAGCUCUACAUCUCACAGCAUUAAUGCAGACAUAUCUUUCCUAUCUGCGCUAAAUGGAAAAUUCUCAAAAGAGAACCAAAGGAUGAAAACCCACCAGGUCAAAGAUUCUUCAACAACAACCAGAGUGCAAGUUCGUAACUUCAUCUACACAGUAAAGGUUUAUCCUGACUUCACUCUGGAUGCACGUUUUGCUCAACAAGCCAAAGAAAUAGCAUAUGCAAUUGAAAACAACCAAACAAGAAACGCACAAUACCUCUCAGAGAGGAUGGUGCUGGACUAUGGGACCCAUGUUAUCACUAGUGUUGACGCUGGGGCCACUUUGGUGCAGGAAGACUACCUCCGUUCUUCAUAUGUGUCAGACCAUUUGUCAGAAAGUUCCUCUGUCAAAGCGCAGGCAGGCUUAAACUUUUUUGACAAACUCAAGUUUGACAUAAGCAGCCAAAAUACCCAGCAAAACUCUUCACUUCAAACAUAUCAGUCCAAUAUUCAGUACUCUCUUAUCCAAAGCCAUGGUGGCGGCACACCUUUCUAUCCUGGCAUCACUCUGCAGAAGUGGCAGGAAAGUACCAGGAACAACCUGGUUGCUAUUGAUCGGUCUGGAUUCCCCUUACACUACUUUAUAAACACCAACACCUUCCCUGAUCUGCCUCAGCCUACAGUUGGUAAAGUGGCCAUUGCAGUGAGUCAGGCCGUAGAGCGAUACUACAAGGUCAACACGCGGCCCGGGUGCGUCGACGUCAACUCUAAGAACUUUAACUUCCAAGCCAACAUUGAUGAUGCAUCAUGUGAGGGCCCUGCUACAAACCUCAGUUUUGGAGGUGUCUACCAAGAGUGUGUUCAUCUCAGCUCAGACGCAGGUCCACUAUGUGAUGCCCUGGCCCAUAAAAACCCUGACACAGGGAAUUUUUCCUGUCAUUCACCUUACACGGCCACCUUACUGAGGUCAGAAGUCAGACAGCAGGGCUACAAGACCUACGAUUGCUAUGACCAAAGCUAUUCGUGUAAACUUAUUUUUACUUGUUAUCGGCAAGUUUGUCAGGACAAUUACCACGUUCGCUCUGCUCGCAUCAACACUUACUGGUGCUCUGUUAGCGAGAAGGCCCCAGAGAACUCAGGGUAUCUGUUUGGAGGCAUAUAUAGCCCCUCUCUCCUGAACCCCCUCACCAAAGCCAAAAGCUGCCCCCCAAACUUCAUCCCAUUACAUUUUCUCUCGGAUGGCCAAGUGAUCUGUGUGAGUCAUGAUUAUGAAACUGGCACCAGGCACUCGGUGCCAUUCGGAGGUCUCUUCAGUUGUCAGUCAAACAACCCGCUGGCAGGGGGUCAACAUCGCUGCCCUCCUAAGUUCAGCCAGCACCUCGCAUCAGUGAGCGACGGCUGUGAGAUUCUUUACUGUGUCCAGUCAGGCCUGUUUACAGAUGGGGAGCUGCUUCCGGUCCGUCUGCCUCCUUUCACCAAACCUCCACUUGUCAGCAUGCAGGCAACAAACAUGGUUAUGGUCAUGACUGAAGGAGAGAAGAGCUGGGUCAGAGUACGGCAGACUAAGGCGUGGAAACUGGCCAACACAGAGGAAAUCAAAGAAUUUGUUCAGAAGCUUAACCCAGAAUUGAAUCAGGUGUCUAGUGGUGAAAAGGCAGGGAUAGCAUUUGGGGUGAUUGGUAGUUUAUUUCUGCUGGGGACAUUGGCAGUAGUUCUGGUGAGAAGAAGGUCUCGGUACUGAAGGAGGAGAGAGGGACACACAGCAGGAGGCUUAAGAUAAACACACAAAGUUUAAAGGCUUGGCACCUAGAGGUGCCGGUUAAUCUGGUCCGACUAAUUAAAUGUUUUACUUUUUUCAAUUCUCACCUGAGAAAUCACUUUCAUCCUUUUUACAUAAUCGGGAAAUUAUCCAAUGUUUAAGGGCUUCCUGUUUGAAUCAGUUGGACUGUGUUUUAAUUAUUACUCUUUUGAUAUGCUAGAAAACCAUUUAGUAAUUCACAUAAGUAUGUCAUAUAAACAACUGCUAAGGACUGUAAAUGUAAUAGUUCUCAAAAUUCAUAAACAUUUUUGGGAAUGUUUUAAUCAUAAGUAAGCAUUUUUGCAUUUUCUACAAAAAACAAUGUCAUAUUAUGUUGGAUCCGGAUGGAAAGUAACAUGAGACUCCAGACCCUUUCUUUUGAAACACUAUCCAAAGUGUACAGUGAAUCAGUACUGCCCUCUUAAGGACGAGAUGCAAAAUGUCAUGUAGUAAAUAACAUUUAGGAACCCGUCUGCUUUAUAUGACUUUGAACCUUGUAACAUUUAUAAUAAACAAGUAUAUCCUUUACAGAUACUUGGUAAACAUGUUUUGGGGGAUUUCUUCUUUAUUAUUUAAAUAAAAGAAAGAUUAGAUUCAGGUUUUUUUUAGCUUCUCUGUAAUUUCUGUAUCAUGUUACUGAAAUUGUGAGGAUUUACGAAUGUCAGUUAAACUUGUCUACAAUGCACUUACUAAUAAAAAAGUGGCACAAAACCAUUA